AUGGCCGAUAUCUACCGUUUGAUUUCAGAUUCGUCGCCUCCAGUCUCACCCCUCACGCCCUCGACCUCGAACUACACAGCCGCUCCAUAUUGGCGAAGCGGACAAGACGGAAAAGAUAAUAUGACGUUUGUACCUGCUGCUGCGCCUUUCUCGACAGUAGAUCCCGGAACGAAUGGCGAAGCGAGUCGACCCGAAACAGACUUAUCAUCAGCUUUCAAGUCCCAAGAGAACAUCCCCUUUACAUCUAAUCUAGGCCAUCAGGAGUAUCUUCAGUCCCCAAAAUCCUUCCCAGGGGACAAAGAGGUCAACCAGCGUACAACGGGUGAAACUUGCAACAAAAGGAGACUUCAGGAGUGGAAUCGCAGCGAUCCCAACAUCGCCAGUACUUCCAAGUCGGACUCACCGAGCCCGGGGCUGCAGAAGAGAUUCAAUUCAAUUGGAGGAAACGAUCCGGAUGCUUUUGGCGAAGAGCACAUCGAAGAUGCCGCUGAGGUCGUCAGCCCGGUAGAUGAAGCAGAUACCUCUGCGGAGGGUGGACAGACGAAGUCCGCCUCUGAACAGAGCUCAGAGAAGAAGAAAACGAAGCGAUUUCGGCGAGCAAAGUUAAAGCGUCUUACGAGUCAAGACCGAGAGAGAAUGCUCAAGUCCAGAGCACUUCCCGAUAACUUCGACAUGACCCAGGUGCUGCAUCAACCUUACGGUGGCCGGACGUCUGGGACUCCUCUUACCUCUCCACGGACGCAUCGAUCGUCAUUCGCAGGGAACGGUGAGCCAAAGCCUUUGGUUGUUAAUACCGUCAAGAGAGGAAGUGGCGAUGACUACCCGAUCUCACCAUCGAGCGCGACAUCUGCGUACGGGAGUUAUAUCGUUUCGCCGACUUCCGGUGCACCAUCCGAGAAUCUUUCCCCAACCUCUACGACAAGUAACAGAACAGCUAUCUCUGCCCCAAGCGCCAGCCUCGCUGGGGCAGAUCAUCGGACUCCCGGCACGUUGCCUCGAUCUCACAGUUUCUCCGCGGCCUAUCAUCAUACCUGGCAUCCAAUGCAGAGGUUACAGUUGCAGACACCGGAUUCGCGUUCAAGAGCAGACUCGCUGAGUUUCCCACUGCGAGCUGACCUUCCAUACGCUGGAGGCACGCUACACGAAAAUGUUGGUAGUUCAGUACCGGGCAUCGCUCAACCUCUUCAGAGCCCGGUCUCACAGACCGGGACGGAUACUGGGUCUAUGCGACCUAUCUAUCAGAAUGAGCAGUUACCGAACAGCCAGGCACCUCCAUUUCCACGAAUCCAGCAGACAUCGGAGGACUCGCGCAGUGGAUUUCCUGUAGGACCGAGUUACCGGCAGAUCCCUGCCCUGCAGACCGCACAACUUCCCCUGUCGCAAGACUAUCAAGUUUCUCCAUACACCCCGCCAUUUAAUCUCGAUUCAUUCUAUCCAUACACGCAAGAUAACUCGUCUGCCAUGAGUCUGCCGACGUCAUACCUGCGCUCGGAUGGAGAGUACGAAUCACCGAGCAAUGGUUUGCAAUAUCCGGCCAACGGUGAAUUGGGAAAACCCUCAAUUCCGCAUCCACAGGGGGCGACGUAG